AUGGUGGGAAACACUCGCGUGAAACUAUCCGAUAUCAAGACCCUCACCUUUCAUGCCGACCGAAAGACUUUUUCGAGGCGCACGUCGCCAAUUCCCCAACUAACGUGCAAAGGGGCAGCAUGCAAGCACUACAAGCCCGACGUUAUCCAAUGCUACAACAUGGGUGGGGCGGGGAACGACGUGCAGUGGCGUUGCGAGGCGGACCUGCCGGAGGGUAUGAGACUUGGAGGAGUCGAAGUCAGUUGUGAAGGUUGGAGAGCCCCCGGCGACGAAUACGUUCUGAAAGGUACGCUGUUCGCCGGGCGUAGUUGUUUGCACUGCUAA